AUGGCGACAACAGACAGCGACAUGGCAGCCGCCAAGCCCAACGACAACUCGAAGCCGCCGCGUGCUGAGCCAAACAAGGCCUCAAAGAUGCCGGCGUGGAUCGUGGACAAUCUCAAGUCGGCUCGCUCGCUCCGCAUCCUCGCACGAUGCUGGGUCGCAAGCUGGGCUGCCUUCGUCCUCAUGAUCCCCGGACCGCCUCUGCGGGUGCUCGGACAGGCGGCGUUCUUCUCGUGCAUGCUCACGCUCAUGGUGCCACCCUCGAUGCCGUUCUUCAUCUUUGUGCUCGCUUUCGGCAUGCUCGUCGUGGGCGCCUUGACCGGCUGGGCAUGGGGCUGUGCGGCUGCUGCCGCCGCUUCGCGCGCUAGAAGCCAGCAGCUCUUGCAGUCCGCCGUGGGCAGGGUGCGUGCCGGAGCAGCAAGCGCCACCAAUCCCGAGGCCUACGUCACCGCCGCCGUCUUCCGCGGCGAAUACCUCGACGUGCGCUCCACCGCCGUCUACGGAGUGUUCCUCAUGCUCGGCGUCUACCUCGUGGCCGUCAUGCAGGUCAAGCUGCCCAAGCUCAAGAUCGGAUCCAUUUUCUUGAUGAUCGUGCUCGACAUCAUGACCACCUACGGCCCCCUCUUUCCCUACGCACGCUACACGCUUGGCGAGAUCUUUAUGAUUCCCAUCGGAUGCGCCAUGGCCAUCUGUCUUGCGGCGCAGAUCCUCAUCUUCCCAGAGACCCUCUCGUACUCGUGGCAGCUCAGCUUCGUCGCCAUGCUCGACACCACACGCUCUUUGCUCCAUCUCCACACUGACGCACUCGCAGACGUGGCCAAGCAUCACGACCCCGCCUCCACGCCUUCGGCUCGUCCGCACCUCGACCAGCCGUCCAGCGACUACCUCCAGCUCAGCCUCAAGGCGGAGGAGGAGGCAUCCACCACAGCCGCCGGUCUGCUCGCCAAAGUGCAGGCCAACCGUACCGCCCUGGCCGAGCAGCUCGAAGGCUUAAACGGCAUGACCGCCUUUCUCGGCAUGGAGUUCUACCGCUCCUACUUGAGCGCGCACGACAUGAAGCUCAUGUACAGAAAGACGCGCUCGGUCAAUCUGCAGCUCACGCUGCUCGGCUCCUUCUGGCGUCUCGUCCACCACGAGCUCGGCAUCAGCGACCCUAGCACCUUCCACGAAGAGCGCGAUGCUUCCGAGUUCGAGGAUGGCUACGACGUCGAUGGGCAACACGGCACCGAGGCGGUGCCGACCAAGGAGAAGCUGCAGCCCAUCCGGCUGCACGAGACGGUGACCAUCCAUCGCGUGCGUCGCGACAUCUUUACGAGCGAGGCGCAGCAGCAGGUCACCAUGUCGCGCAUGCUCAACAUCCUCAACCGCGUCUCGCAGCCGUCGCUCGAGGCUGCAGCCGACUCGAUCGGUGCGGUGCAGGCGUACUUUGGCGCCAACCUCGCGUGGAGGCAGAAGCAGCCCAUCGACCAGGUGCUCGCCCAGCUGCACGAGUCCCGGUCCAAGCUCGAAAGCACGCGUCGAGAUCUGCUCAACGACCGCCGUCUGGAGCUGCUGCAGCCGUAUGCCGAACACUUUCGCGCCACGCAUCCGGAUUUCGACCUGGAAGAGCACUUUCUGCAGACCAAGGAGUCCAUCCACUCGUUCCGCUCCGGUGCGCGACCUCUGCACGUCUGCCUCGUGUUUGUGACGAACCUCAUCGAUACGCUCGAGUCCAUCUCGCAGUUCCACGCCGAGAUGGUGGCGAUUGCGGAUCGCGCAGGCACCAAGAAGCGCAUCUGGUGGCCCAAGCAUCUCGGACGCCUGGUGCGCGUGCUCACGAGCGACAAGCGCGGCUCCUCGGACGGUCUCGAUCGAUUCGGUCCCGCCGAGGGCGAAUUCGAGAGGGAAGACGACAUGGACCGCGACUUUCGACAGGAUCGUGCUCAUACCGCUUCGGAUGGCGCAUCCAGCCAAGGUCACAAUGUCGCCGACCACCUCGAGGGCGAGAGCGAGGCGGAGGAUGACGACACGCUGGCCGCACAGUCCGGCGCUCCACGGGAUCGAGACGAGGAGAAGGCUGCUGUGCCUGCCAAGGCGAAGAAAGCCAGGCGGGAGCGAAAGCAGACGCACUACGCUCGCGAUCCGGACGCCCUUCCGCCGACGAGUGUGGCGCACCGGAUCGGACGCGGAGUGGCGGCGACGUACUACUUUGUGAGCGGGCCGACGGGGGUGUUUGCGCUGCGCAUGUGCAUUGCGACGUUUGCGAUCUGGAUCACGGCGGUGCUGCCCAACACGGCGCAGUUUGUGUACACCAACCGCGGCAUCUGGGCGCUCAUCAUGGCGCAGACCGCCGCGGCGCUCUCGGGCGGCGAGCUGGUGUUUACGUUUGCCAUGCGCUUCAUCGGCACGGUCAUCGGCUUACUCUACGGCGCCGUGCUCUGGUACAUUUCGACGGGCCUUGGUCGAGGCAAUGCGUAUGGAAUCGGUGCGGCGACGGCGGUGGGUUUCCUGCCGCUGGUGUUUCUGCGCGUGUUUGCGCCCAAGAUGCUGCUGCUGCCAGCGAUCAUGCUCAACGUGUCGGUGGUGCUGAUUGUGGGCUACUCCUGGAUCGACACGCACCUGCAGGUGACGGUGAACAGCGGCGUGGGCAUCGAGGUCGCGUGGAAGCGUACGCUGCUCGUGAUCAUCGGCAUGGCGGUGGCGCUGAUCGUCAUGGUGCUGCCGCGGCCGGCGUCGAGUCGACUGCUGCUGCGCAAGAGCAUGGCCAAGGUGACACGCCAGCUCAACGAGCUGUUUGUCGAAGUGAUGGAGGUGUGGAUCGCCCGCAACCGCCUGGUGGAGCAAGAGUCGGAACGAGCCCAGUUCGCGAACCAGCUCGACACGAACGGGGCCGACGCCAAGGUUUCGAGCAACGAGGCGAUUCUGCAGCUGUGGCAGGAGCGGGAGUCGUUGAUCCGCGCGCGAUUCAUGGGUGUGAAUGCGCGCGUGGCCAUGUAUCCGAUGCAGAUCGGGCUUGCCACGAUGGACUUCCACAUCCGCGGACGCUGGCCGGCCGAGCGGUACGUGCAGAUGGCGGGCGUGCAUGCGACGAUCGUGGAGUCGCUCGGAGCGAUCCUGUGCAGCGUGCGCGCCUUCGACGGCAUCGCGACGCUGUCGGAGGGCGACAAGCCACGUGCAACUCCUGGAACAAACGCACGAAGCCACAUGGACUGGGAGGUGAUGCUGUCGUCGUCGACGGCGUUGCUGGAUCCGCAGUACCUCUCCGAGAUCUGCCUGACGUUUGACGUGCUUUCGAAAGCGCUGCGAAACGGCGAGCGGCUCAACCACGCGUCGUUUUCGCUGCAGGAGAACCACUUCAAGUAUUCUGCUCGCAACCGGCGCAUCGGCGAGCUGCUCCGCAAGGGCGCUGACGGUGGCCGUGGAGAAGGCUCGGACGUGCUGCGAUGGAGCGUUCUGCGCGAUCCGAUGUAUUUGCGCUACACGACGGCGAGGAUGGCGGCACUCACGUUGGCUACGGAGCUGGACAAGCUGCGCGCGAUUGUGCAGUCGCUCGUGGGCGAAAGCUCGCUGCGUGGCUUCGACAUGCUCAAGGACCAGCACGACGAGCGACUGUAUCGUGUCGCCCGCCAGGCUUAG